ACUCUAUCGUAAUACCCCCGUUGUUGCAUAUUCUCACGAUUUCUAUCCCAGUCCCUUCCAUACAUACAAUACAUUUCACUACCUAAAGUUCCAUUCACCAUAUCUACCUUAGGUACUUAUUUCAUCAUGAUAUAAUGAAUACGAUUGAAGAUGAUCUGGAUAUCUAUUGAGUGGCCUUUACUCGAAUAUUGCCUAGUUAACUUAAGGUUGUUGUUUUGGCAGAUUUGUCAUACAAGGUUCCCUUCCCAUGACCACAGCAGACGACAUCGCUGCCCUGGUGCAGAACCAUUACAAUGCACUCCCAGCGAAGAGGAAACCUCUAGUCAGAGGUAAUGGCCUGCGGGAGUGGGUGCCGCUAGCUGGAAUAGUGGCUCAAGGCAAAGACGGCGAGCUCAAGUGUCUGGCCCUUGCGUAGAACAGGUAUGAAGUGCCUACCCGCCGCCAAGAUACCGCAGGCGCAAGGGAACGUGCUGCAUGACUGGCACGCCGAGGUCCUAGCCAUCAGAGCCUUCAAUCGCUUCGUACUCGACGAGUGUAAAGCUAUGGCUCAGGGGCGCCCAUCCGAGUUUUUACGGUGGCGGACUACGGAUGAGAUGGACUCGGGCUGCUACGGCAAUAGCAAAUCAGAAGAGCUAGAAGGGCAAACGAGUGAAUGGUGCGGACAGCCUUUCUCCUGGAGAGAAGACGUUUUCAUACACAUGUACUGCUCCGAAGCCCCUUGCGGCGACGCGAGCAUGGAGUUAAUAAUGGACGCUCAAGAGGACGCUACGCCAUGGGAACUCCCCCCAACGGCCCUCUCCACCCCGCUCUCCACCUCCACCGCCGAGCCCUCUCCCUCUCCAUCCCUACCAGGCCGUGCCUAUUUCUCCCACCUAGGCGUCGUCCGCCGCAAACCCGCACGGUCAGACGCGCCGCCCACGCUCUCCAAGUCGUGCUCGGACAAGCUGGCCCUGCGGCAAUGCACCUCGCUCCUCGCAUCCGCCACCGCGCUCCUCGUCGACCCGCACCACGCCUACAUACGCACCCUAGUCUUACCGGCGUCCCGGUACUCCGAGCCCGCGUGUCGCCGCUCGUUCUCGGCGUCCCCUACGCGCGGGCGGAUGAGAAGCCUGGCAUCUUCGACCAUAGCAGCAGAGCAAGGCCGAGACCCGGGACAAAAUCAGAUCCAAGCAGAAAAGGCAGCCGAAUCACCUUACCGUUUCCGCCCCUUCGCCGUCGAAACGACGACGUCCGAAUUCGCGUACUCCCAGCGAACCGUGACCAACGCCAACGCCAACGCCAACGCCAGCGUCAGUGGAGGUAACGAGCACGGUAGCAGCAGUAACAGUAGCAGUAGCAGUAGUAGUAAACCGGGCGCGCAGAAAGCAGCUGCAGCUAGUAACGUCUCCGCGGCGUGGACGCGCUCGGGCCUCGAAGAGACGACGCUGGGGGGUAUCUUGCAGGGGCGGAAGCAGUCUGGGGCGGACGCGCGCGGGGCCAGUUUUGCGUCGAGGCGGAGGAUGUGGGGUCUUGCUGUGGAGGUGGCUGAUAUACUUUUGUCGUCUAGACAGGGGGAAGAUGGUGAGGAAAGGGAAAGGAAACGGGAACGGGAGGGGGGAGAGGAGAGACAUGACGAUAGUUCUGGCAGGAUUGCUGAGAUCAAGAGAGCUCUAGAGGCAGAGACGUACGGCGGGAUGAAGGGUUGCGAAUUACUAGAGCCCCGGAGGAGAGCCAAGGACAAGGCGAGAGCAGAAGCACUGAAAGGAUGGGUGAGAAAUCUAGGCGAUGAGUCGUUUACCCUGUAAAGUGAAGCAAAGCAAAGCAAAGUAAUUUAAGGGGUCAGUUCACUUGUGGAUGCGACAUCAUCGAACAAGACCA